CAGCCACGUCUCUUAGCCGCUUCAUGGAUGUUGACGAGACGCUGGCUUCCCAUGCCGCCCGGUCCCUUCUGUCUUGGACCAGGUUACCUAAGAGGAGGUUUGCAUCAGCACCAUCCAGCUCGACAACUGUUACCAAAGUGUAAAGGAAUCAGGACAGAUUGUGAUUUUUCUGGACAUCUCUAAUAUGAAUCCCUUUAGUCAAAUAACUGAGGCAAAACGGUACUCAAGCACAGAAACUCCCUGAUAUAUAACGCCAAGCGCAAACACAGGAUCUACCAGCAAUGCCAUUGCUCUCCUGUAUGAUGCGUUUAAAACAGGGGUUCAGUUUAAGGAAAAUGUUCUACAUCAACAACACUGGGCAGCCAUGAUGUCUGCACUCUUUCCAUCCUUAACCAUGAGUUUCACUGUAAGCUGAUAGUAUGUGAUCAACUUCACUGUGGCACGACGUUCUGUUUCACCCUCUCAAUAAAACCGAGCUGGACUAUAUGGUCAGUGAUGUAAAAAUGGCAGCGAAGAGUUUCCAGCGUUGGACAGAGGACCAGCUUCAGCCAGUUGAUCUGCCAACGUCAUCACUAGCAUCCCUCCACCUCAGGGACGAGGCUGUUGUCACGAAUGAGAACACUUCACACAUGGAGGAUAAUCCCAAGCCCUAUCCUACAUUUCCUGCCAUGAUGUCAUCGCUACUUAACCAAUCACGCCAACAGGCAGAAAUGUCCGUGGAUACUAGGCCUGAGCCUCCACCAGCAGAUAAAGAGUUGCUGGAGACGGAGAAGAGCCAAAACAACGGUGAGAUGCAGUCCCACACACAGACAGGAUUUAGGCAGGACCUCUCCUUCCAUGUUGAUGAAGAUGAUGCAUUCCCUGCUCUGAAAACCAACAACAGCAACGAAGGAGAAACGCAACCAGAGAACAAUACAACCAAAGCUACGGCAUCCUGUGACUGCUGCACCGAUGACCAGCUGUCUGAAGCAGAGUGGUACUGGGGGAGUGUCUCGAGGGAGGACGUAAAUGAGGUGAUGAGAAACACUCCUGAUGGGACAUUUCUGGUACGAGAUUCUUCCAGUGGGAUUAAAGGGGAAUAUACUCUGACGCUACGAAAAGAUGGCUACAACAGACUGAUAAAAAUCUUCCAUCAUGAGGGAAAGUGUGGCUUUUCUGAGCCACUGACCUUUCCCUCUGUAGUUGACCUGAUUUGCCAUUACCAGAAGAAGUCAUUGGCCCAAUACAACUCCAAACUGGACACACAAUUACUUUAUCCAGUGUCCAGAUACCAUCAGCAGCAGGUUGUGAUGGAGGUUGACAUUGAUGCCGCUGGAGAACAGCUGAGGAUAUUUCAGGAUCAAUACAAAGAGAAGAGCCAAGAGUAUGACCGCCUUUUCGAGGAGCUUAACCAAACUUCCCAGGAACUCCAGAGCAAGCGGACGGCAAUUGAAGCUUUCGGUGAAAUCAUUCGAAUCUUUGAGGAGGAGUGUGAAACCCAAGAGCGCUACAGCAAGGAAUACAUCGACAUGUUCCUUACAUUAGACAGCAGUACAAAGACAGACAAGAUUCAAAGCAACUCAGAAGAGCUGCAGUCAAGGGUGGAGGAGAUCCAUGACAGCAAGAAGAAGUUAGAAGAAGAGCUGAGGAAGAAGAUGCUGGCUCACAUGGAGGCUGACAAGAAACUGAACACCCUGAAGCCUGACCUUGUGCAGCUCAGGAAGAUCCGAGACCAAUACCUUUUGUGGCUCACCCAGCAAGGGACUAGGCAGAGCCAGAUUAAUGACUGGUUGGGCUUAAGGGAUGAAGACGAAGACCCAUACACCCUAGAGGAGGAUGUUCACCAAGAGGACAGUAGCUGGUACGUGGGUGGUAUGAGACGAAAAGAGGCGGAGGAGCUGCUGAGGGGGAGAAGGGACGGCACCUUCUUAAUCAGAGACAGCCAGACUCAGAGAGGCUCCUUUGCCUGCUCUGUUGUUGUGGACGGGGAUGUAAAACACUGUGUGAUCUACAGGACGUCCACAGGAUAUGGCUUUGCUGAGCCCUACAACUUGUACUCAUCACUCAGAGAGCUUGUUCUCCACUACCGCCACACAUCCCUGAUCCAACACAACCAGCAGCUGAAUGUAACUCUGGCCUGGCCCGCUCUCAGCCAGCAGUCCAGCUGAGACACACCAGCACACCAACAUAAUGGCGCUUUUUAAAGCUUUGCAGUAGUAGCACUGAGGAUGGAUACCGUUACCAGGCUGAAACGAAGUGCCGGUUAGUGUUUCAAUGCUAAGAUUUAAACACUCCCCCAACUAAAAAUACUGAACCACUUUCAGAGGUUUUGGACAGUUUAUCAGCAGUAACUUUGAGGUUGAUUUGGUUUCCGCCUUUGUCAGCUCUGUUAAACAAAUGCCAUAGUUACAUUUUUGGCUCUCAGCACCAGCUUGUUGACCAAUUCAGGUGAACAGGGAUCCAAACCGAGUUGUUUGAUGUUGUUCCCACUGAAACAGCCCCAAGUAAUGUGACCAGCAGUAUAUCAGUCUGCUGCAAAAGCCAAAAUGGAGCUCAGCUCUAAUCUUAUUUCUUUUUAAAGCGAUUAUCCCUAUUGUUUAAAAUCCCAUUUACUUGCCAUCUGCACAUAAAUCAUGGCAAGCACAAUUUGGAUUAUGUACUUAGCUUUUACUCAUUUAACAGUAAUUUUAGCCUUUUGUGGCAGAAAAGAGGUAGUGCUGAGAUUUUGCCUCAUGAUCACAUCACCUACAAGUUUCUUAAAACUUGUUGCAGUUGAGUGGUUUAAAACAUAAAUAAAUAAAAAAUCAAUCAAAACGAACAAAGAAAAAAAAAAUCCCAUCAGGGGUACACAGCAUGCCAGUAUCCCAGUUUCAUAACAGAUUAUAAACCUUUUCAUUAUAGUAUGGCUUUCUGUUUACUUGGAUUUAAUAUGAUACAGGAUUUUUUUUAUUUACUGAGCGAUGUUAAGUAAUAUACUAUUUUGGCAAAACUGUCAUUUAGUUUUUUUCUUGUUUUUUUUUUUUUAGUUCUUUUCUCAAAAGUAAAACACAAGAAAUUAUUAAGAAACCAAACAAGUUUCCAAUAGCAUCAACAUUCAAAUCACCAAGUCUGGACCUUUUUUUUUUUUAUUUCCAAACUAUGCGAAAUCAAGAAUCUCAGAAAAACAAGAGCUUUGUUCUCCUAGCCAAAUUCACGUGGGUUGCAUCUCUCCAGAGAUCUAAAGUUAUCUUUUGUAUAAGUGGGGCAGUAGCAGUGCUAGAGUUGGUUCUGGGGAAUCAAAGCUCAUUUUGGGACUGCCCCGAACAUGUGCGUUGUGACUGGUGGGGAAGUGAAGAGACACUUGAGCACUUUAUCCAAAACAAAACAACCUGAUAGGGUGGGGUUAUCACAGCUGGCUUUAUUUUGUUCUUGACUGGAGAAAUACCUCACUUAUUUAAUGCUUAAUUGAGAAAAAAGAAAUAAGUUUUGAAGGUAACAUGAGCACUGAUAUGCUGCUCAUCCUAUUUUCAGGUUGGAAAUUAAGGUUUUUAAUAUUAGGCCAGUUUAAUUACUAUUAAUGGUGGUGAAGCUGAUUCAGCUAAGAAAAGGAGAUUACAAAUCUGAGCUGGAUUUUUAGGCUACAGCGACAUUGUUUGUCACUUGUGACAUCUAAACAUAAUUGGGAUCAAUAAGGGAUUUCAGAGGGUUUGAUACUGGAUUCUACAUUUGAUAAAGUCCUCUCUGACCCCUGAAAGCAUCUUCAUCGCUGUGUCCAUGCAAGCUGUGAAAUAGCACCUGAACACAGCAACUUACCUACAUUGAUCUUUCAUUAUGAAUCUGGUGUAGAUUAACAAUUCAGUUGGAUCUCCGUUUUGCUUCUAAAAAAAUAAUUGGCCGAUGUCAGGGAUCCUGACUUUACGUGUUUCUGGACCCUGAAAUGGACUGAUUAUAUAUGAGCUUGCACUGUAGGUUUCCAUUUCUGCAGGAAACCGUCUAAUGGUGCCUUUAAGUGCUUCGUUCUAGCCAUUAUAUUUCUCUUACAGACAGUGGUCUGAUAAACUCAGCAGGUUGUGUCUGGUUGGAUAUGUGGUUUUGCCCCAGUUCACCCCAAUAAAGAACAUUAUGUUAAUUAUUAGACUUAAAAAUGUGUAAAAAGAGCAUCAAACUGAUGUGAAUUCAUGUCAGACUUAAAAUCAGAAGCUUUAUUUUGGUUUAUUAAUAAAGGAAAAUUGUCCAAAUUUAAAUCACCUUGAAUUUGAUAAAAAAAAAUUGAUUUUAGCCAUGUCUCAAAAGUUUAACACCAAAUUCAUAAUUACACAUAUCUAAAAAGAACUGUAGGGAUGUCACAAGAACCAACACUUUGGUUCCAAACAAAACUCUGAAAUACUCUGAAUUUCUUUAUUUUUUAAGACCAUAUUUAAAAAUGUUUUUUUUCUUUCAUGUAUGCUUCACACAAGUUGUAUAUUGUAGAUUAUGGUAUUAUUAAGAGGGAUCCAUUUUUUUUAAUUAAGUGUAUUUAAGACAUUUGCAGAGUGGCAGAAUUCGAACACACAGCAUCAACAUACGUUAGGAUUUUAGUUACUUACAACGUAUUACAAACAACCUGAGACGUUGGUUUCAUUUGUAAAAUACGAUAGCUGCUGUAAGUCUCUUCUGGCUUCGUUCCAUACACAGUAUUCAGUAAAGCUGCUCAAGAUAAACAUCAUUACUGCCAUUAGGUGCAAAAAAAACUUAAGAAAAAUUUAUAGAAGAAGGACUUACUUUUGAUAUAUGUUUGUAUUAAUUUACUUUCUAUAUCGAAAAUGGUUUUAAUUUAGUGGUUCUGUGACAUCCCUUGUUCAGAUUAUUUUAAAGACAUGAUUGACCAAACAGCUUUAAAAUGAUCGCUGACUGAGAGUGGGCUGUGAAACACUGUGUCUAUAAUGCUAAAUAUCUUAUUUCAACAUUUAAUAUAAAUUUAAUUAAAGUUUAAAACUGUUUACAUUUCAGACCUAUCCCAGUAGCUCCAGCUGUGGGUAGGUUACAGGUUGGCGAUCCAGAGACUUUUGAUUGUGCAGACUGGAGAUGAUGAGGUGGUGCUUUUGGAUUAUAGUAAAUCAAAUGACAAAGUAGACUUUAAAUAAAGCAUUUCCAGUUUGUCUUGCCCAGUAUUUAAGACACUAUUACGUAGCAUAUUAAAAACUAGUUGAUGGUUUGCUUAGAUUUCUUUUUUGCAUUGUGAUGGGUCAUUCUAAUGCACUUCUCUGAACAGUCAAACGUGCUUGAUUGUCAUGUGUGUACAUACGGUUGGUGUUGUCAGCGUUGUCAGACUGUUACCCACCAUGAUGGGGUCGGACAGAUUGUUUUCAGAUUUCAGCUGUUUUGCUGUGAAACGUUUGGUUUCUGCAUGCUAUCAUUGUGUGACAGAUCUUUUAAGUAUUGUUAGGCUUGGUACUGUUUGGAUAUCAGUUUUAGUACUACAGUUGCACCACCAGCUAUAUAAGAUAUUUUACCUCUCUUUAAUGGUUAGCCACAUUCUAUAAAGAUCUCAGUUUUUUUUAUUAUCUCUGUGACUGGUGCUUGGCACUCAUUGCUGUAGUUUUUCUUGUAUGCAUCUGAACUCACUUGUAAGGCACGCAGUACGAGUCAAACUGUGACGUCUACUUUAAUGAAGCAAAUGUUUCUUGUUUGUUGUGCCUGUAAACACGUCGGUCUACAAUAUAGUGUUGCACAGUAGUAAAAUGUCAAGUGCUGCAUAGCACAGAUUGUGGACAGAGUGCCACAACCACCACAGAGCAGUACACGUACAACUUCUAACUCGGGUAAAACUAAAAUGAAGGUGUCUGUCCCUCAUCUAAGUUUUGUUUUCUUUUUUGUGCAUUUGGCACACUAGAUAUAUAUACAGUGCUAAAUGAAGUUAUAUAUAUAUGAACUUGUUUAUUAUUGCAAAUUUGCAGAUGAAACAUUGCGUAUCUGUUCAUUCAGUUGCAGGAAUAUGUUUAAAUUUUUUUUAAGUUAUAUGGGUUAAAUGUGCACAAAAGCAGGCAAGAUUACCAUUUUGUUGGAUCAAAGUUUAAAGCAUAGCAUUUGCACACAAGUAUCUCAUGUGAGGUAGAGAUACUACUUUCCUCAUGUACAUUCACCCUGAUACUAAAGCAGGUGAACAUGUCAUGGUUGUAAAUAUGGAAAAGUUGCUCAUGAGAUUGAUAUGUUGUAGCACUGAUUAAAAUAAAAUAGAAAAUGUUUUAGUAUGUGGCACCUUUAAUAAGAUGACCACUGUGAAGUCAGACAUCUGUAAGUAUGUGUGCAUAAUUUGGUCUUUUUUGUAGAUGUUGUUGCUUGCUGUAACGUUAAUGUUUUAGCACUGUGCAAACAAAUGAAACAGACACUGAAAAAUACUGAAAACAAUGAAUGAAAAUAAAAACUGAACACUGUUUUGUGAGGUAGAAACUGGCACCACAAGAUUCACAGCAACAUUUUGUUUAUGAAGUUCUCUGUCCAACUAAUUCUUUAUAACCUCCUGAGUAAUGAUUUAAAAAGCAUUACCGGGAUGCAGCUGCUGUUUAGAUCAACAUAUAAACAGAUAAUUGCUUAUGUUUAAACACACAUUUACAUUAACACCUACCCAGGUACUGGCUAGCCUACCAACUUGACAUCUAAGAUACUAUUUUUAUGACUGAAAUAACAAGAGGAAUAAAUAAAUAAUUGCAACUUAUAUUUUGACUUUUAGACUUCUAUAUCAAAAUCUACCAUUUAGCUAGGAUCUGCUCCUGCCACUAAGAAGUGGAGAAAGUGAACAGAAUUUAUUCUUGAUUAACUUUUGUGCUAGAGACCAUCGAUUUGUGGCAUGGAACAAUGAAUCAAUCGGCUUACUCGGUGCAUGGUUUUGUAAUAAACCUAGUGUGAGAACUUUAGCUGACAGUCUUGAUAAUUUAGUCAGUUUAUUAUAUUUAGACUAAUUGAUAAGCUCAACAUUAAAGGACACAGGAAGGACGUAAUGAGAGAAAUAGUACAGUAAAUGUAGGGAGAGCUGAUUCUGGUGUAACUAUGUGGUGGGUUCUAUAGUAAUAAUCCUAAGUUGAAUUUGGAGAAGAGGAAUACAGUUUUGUUUAUUAUUUUUAGCAGAUCCUCUUUCUGUGGAAUUAUGUUUGUAUCGUAUAGUUCUGCAGAAAAUGUCCAGCAACAACACAGGAUAUGUUUUAGAACAGAAGCAAAGGGAGGCAUUGUGAAAGAUGUUUUGUAACUUCCACCUCCAUAUGUACAAGUUAAAACAUUGAUGUCUCAAUAUCAGUUCAACAGGGUCUGAAACAUCUUCUGUUUUUAGAAAGUGUUUGCAAACUCAAUCCAUUAAGACCAGAGGAAACAUGAGUUUUUCAUGUUUAGAGGCAACCUAUUGCCAUGGAUUAUGUAAUAUUUGCCUGGAUCACAUUUUUAAAAUAGUCUUACCAAAACUUCUGGCAGUGAAUUAGUUACAAAAUAAAAAAAGAAAGUAAAGAGUAUUUAGACGAAAGGAAACAGAUUAAGUGAAAUGAAGGAAUCGGUUAAGUCUGGUUUAAAGCUGCAGAUAUGUUGGGUGUUUUGUGUAUUGAUGUGUUGAAUUGGACGGUAGGAAGUAUAUGAAAGUGUCUGUUUUUAGGUUUGACGUAAUUAUGAGCUUCGGCGAGUGAAACAACCCUUAAAACUUCCAUGCCACAACAUCACGGUUGUUUGUUGUCCUUCUAAGAUUCAGAGAGAUGAGAAGAUCAUUAAAGUUUUUUCUUUUUAAAUAUUUAAGAUCCAGGGACUUAAAGCUGUGCAUAUAAUCAAAUACCUCUUCUCAUCUCUGCAUCACAUUCAACUUCAUAUCUGUUGAAAUGAUGUUUCCAUGGCUUCGUAAGCCCCCUUGUGGUUGUCUGGACUUGUUUUUUUAAUUUAAUCCGAAGAAUUUAGUUGUACUUAAAAGCCUGUUGUUGUAAUAAAAAAAAAACUAAUGUUACUCUAAAUGUUUACUGUAUUGAUUAUGCAAUAUCAUUAAGCUUGUUCAAUUAAAAUUAACUUGUUUCCUUUUUGAAGUCAUCUGAAAAAAAACUGGUUUCAAACAUUGUUUUGGUGUAAAACCUGACUUUAUCCUACAUCAGAACAUUACUGUUCAAGUAUGCACUUUCAGAUCCCAAAUAAAUUUGAAAAUAUG